CGGAAGCCGAGUUUGUCGCGGAGGCGACCGCGACACCCGGGUUGCCAUAACGCUGUGAAAACCCCCUUUAGGUGUUUUUGAAUUGUUUAGCAAGUUUAUGUAUGAAAACACAACUUAUAUCGGUUUAUUUUGUGAUAUUUCUCUCUAUAAGAGAUCAUUUGAUUGAGAUAUUGUCAUUAGUUUGUGUUAAUCACGCAUAUUUUUGGAGUUUUAGAGGGUUGUCGUCACACGUAGAUUUGUCCCAAAGAGCACGUUUUGUUUCACUUCUCAAACAACAGGAAGUAGCUUGUUGACAAAGUGGGAAAGGGACAGUAGCAGCUAUCUAAAGUUCAGAAAGAGUUGGUGAUUCAGUGAGGUGACUGUUCUCAAAGAGCUCGGGCAUCAUGAGCGGCGACGAAGAAGCCAGUUUUGACCCAAAAGAGCACCAACACCUGCGCUACAACCCCCUGCGGGACAGCUGGGUCCUGGUGUCGGCCCACCGCAUGAAGAGACCCUGGGCAGGUCAGGUGGAAAAGCCCCCCGAGAAGCACGUUCCCAGACAUGACCCCCGCAACCCACUCUGUCCCGGGAACACGCGUGCAAACGGGGAGCUAAAUCCAGACUAUGACAGCACUUUUGUUUUUGAAAACGACUUCCCCGCUCUCCAGCCCCAUGCUCCAGAUCCAGGUUCAUGUGAGGACCCAUUGUUCCAGUCUAAAGCUGCCAGGGGCGUCUGUAAGGUCAUGUGUUUCCAUCCCUGGUCUGACGUCACCCUGCCUCUCAUGAAAAAAGAGGAGGUCGUCAAGGUGAUUGACAAGUGGACAGAGCUUGUUGAAGAACUCGGCGCUACAUACCCCUGGGUUCAGAUAUUUGAGAAUAAAGGAGCCAUGAUGGGUUGUUCAAAUCCACAUCCUCAUUGUCAGGUGUGGGCCAGCAACUUCCUGCCUAAUGAGCCGGCUCUGUCGGACCGCUGCCAGAGAGCGUACCAUCAGAAACACGGGGAGCCGCUGCUGCUGCACUACGCCAAGCAAGAGGCGGAGAAAAAGGAGCGUGUGGUGGUGGAGAGUUCUGAUUGGCUGGUGGUGGUUCCAUACUGGGCAACGUGGCCCUACCAGACACUGCUGUUACCACGACGACACAUCCUCAGAAUCGGCGACCUGACAACCGCUGAGAGGGAGGGUCUGGCUGAUAUUAUGAAGCGACUGCUGACCAAGUAUGACAAUCUCUUUGAGGUCUCCUUCCCCUACUCCAUGGGCUGGCAUGGAGCCCCCACUGGCCCCCACUUAAAGGAAGACAACUCCCACUGGCAGCUGCAUGCGCACUACUACCCUCCUCUGCUGCGUUCAGCGUCGGUGAAGAAGUUUAUGGUCGGCUAUGAGAUGCUUGCCCAGGAGCAGAGAGACCUCACCCCUGAACAGGCUGCUGAGAAGCUAAGAAACCUGCCAGAGGAGCACUUUAAAACCAGAGAGGACCAGGAACAAGGAGCGGGAGAAGAUAAAGACGCAGGGAAAUAGAAGAUCUGGUUUCCUGGCCUUCAUCGAGCCUGUAAGGACACAGCAUCAUAUAUAUACUUUCAUUCAUCAAGCCACCAUACUGGGGCACACUCACUGGGCCGCCAUACCUCUGCAAUGUCCUGUCACCCACAAAUUGCUGCUAUGAUACGGGUACCCAGGUUUUAUUCAGAACUUGGUGAAGCAGCGUUCUCCUAUACUUUGUGCCCCUGCUCACAGAUUAUUGAUUUCGUCUGCCUGGGAGAAUUCAAAGCUCCUUAAUUAUACCUUUGUCUGUUUUGUAUAUGCUUUAUUAUUUCUAUCAUUUUGUGUAACCUUGGAAAUCAUGUGCUAUGUUGGCCAAAUCUCCCUCGGCAAAGAUUUUAAUCUCACGGAGACUUCCUGGACGUGUAAUUCCUCUCACGUGAGUUCAUUUUAUAGCCAUUUCCAUUGAAUUCGAAAGUAAAUAUUUGAAGCGUUGGAAAACGUCUACUGUUACAGUAAAUAUUCUCUAACGUGCGAAGCAGGAUUACGUACUGUAAUGAGUCUUUUUUGUUUUAAAUCUCAAUUUUGCAUUUCCUCUCUGCUUCCCAUCGAUUAUACCGCUUUAUUCUGUUCUAGUAUUUCAUAAAUAAACCUCCCGUAUCACACA